UAAUAUUUCAUCACUUUCCCCAUAAACACCUGAGCGACGAAGGACGUUUUACAGCAAAACACUUAAAAUUCCAUCCGAGAAGCUACGGACAUUAAUUCAAAAAUGUUCAAUUUAAAAAUUGCCUUUUACGUAAUGUUGUUCGUGUUGUUUAUCAAUCAAGGCUCUUCCUUCUCCUUCAAUUCACGCCGAGAGAAACGUUUUUCGUCCGGCUUCACUUACCCAGGAACAAAAUGGUGUGGCAUGGGUAACAACGCAAAAAACUACGAAGAUCUGGGAGUGAUGAUUAAGACUGACAAAUGUUGCCGUACUCACGAUCAAUGCAGAGAAUACAUCCCAGCGUUUGCCUCUAUUGGCGGAAUGCAGAAUAACUUACCUUACACGGUCUCACACUGUGAUUGUGAUUCGGCCUUUUAUCAAUGCUUAAAACAAGCCAACACUGAGACAGCACAACUGGUUGGAGAUAUGUUUUUCAAUGUCUUAAAAGUACCUUGUUUUGUUUGGAAAAAGAAAGACUGUCCUGACGGAAGAUGCCAGGAACAACGAAAGGCUGUUUUGCAGCUUCCUAAACAUUUUCGCUGAGCGGAAAAAUGUUACAACUUGCUGCACUGAUGGAAUCGCUGAUCCUGUCUACAAAGUCAUUAAAGUGAAACUUCGAGACUAUGUUUUUCUUUUAAGACUACGACAUAAGCACAAGCACAUAAGCCUAACUGUAGUGAGGACGGGCACAGCAUAAGUAUAAACACAAACAAAUGGUAGUGAGGACACGCACAACACAGGCAUAAGCACAAGCACAAGCAGAACAAAAGGUUAUGUUAUUCUUGUGCUUUUGCCUUCGCUUAUGUCAAGUGAAGACGCCCUUCUGGUCUUUCUGUAAGCCAUAAUCAUAAACUCGUCCGCCAUCUUGUUUUACGUAUCGCAGAGGAAUGGAGGAACCGAAAAUAAGGUAAGGUAAUAGUCUGCGUAUGUUUAUGUUUGUGUUGUGGGAGUCCUCACUACCGUUACCAUGCUUUACUGCUUUAAACGCAAAGCUGAUUUGUCUGUUGGCAUAGCACUUAAGAUUUUUUAAACAAUUUCAGAAAAAAUACAUACAUACUGAAAGUUGCACAGAAAGAAUCACAAGGGAAUCAUGCUGUCUUCUUUUCACUCUUUGAUUUCACUUUCUAAAGCCUUAGAUAUUUUUUUCAAAAUGCACAUUACUUUUCUAUCAAUCUCACUCUGGUAGAAAUACGAACACUGAUUGAAGAUGGGAUAAAACGACAAAGAUUUCAGCGGUCGGUCAGCGGUCUUUCUAAGGCUGAGCAAGUUAAAGGAGCUACGUCACGGUUUGCCCAUCUUGAGAAGUUAAGCCUGAAUUUUUCAAGUUCGUCGUCUGAA